AUGCGCACCGGUGCCCAGCGCUGAUGCAAGAAAUAUCCCUGAGCAGACGUGUGGAAGUGAUCGUGGGAUAAGAAAAGUUGACUAAAUUCUCUGUCGUCCAAUCUGCAAACAUGUCGGGAGACGAGAUGAUUUUCGACCCCAACAUGACCAAGAAGAAGAAAAAGAAGAAGAAGCCCUUCAUGCUGGACGAGGAAGGAGGAGAGGGCGUGGGAGGAGAAGAGGCGAAAGAGGUGGAAGUCAAGGAGGCCGAGCCAGAGGUCGGGGAGGACAAGGAGGUGGAUGUAGAUGAAGAUGAAGGCAGGAAAAAAGGUUUGAAAGAAGAACUAUCCGAUGACUUGAACGACCUGAAUUUCUUCAACCAGAAGAAAAAGAAGAAGAAACCAAAGAAGAAUUUUGGGCUUGAGAACGAUGUAGAAGAAGGAUUAAAGGAGCUGAAAAUCGAAGGGGAGCAAACCGAGGCGCCAGAGGAGGACAACCUAGAUUUGAUGCUUCCCAGCAAAAAAAAGAAGCCGAAGAAAGUCGACUUCGACGAGGGAGAGGCUUUGGAAAAAGACGACGCUCUGGAAGACGACGACAGCAAGAACAACGACGGAAUUUCGUUCAUUUCCUCCACGGGUCCAGCGUGGGCCGGCACGGAAAGAGACUACACGUACGACGAGCUCCUAAACAGAGUUUUCAACAUCAUGAGGGAGAAAAAUCCUGACAUGGUGGCCGGGGAGAAGAGGAAGUUUGUGAUGAAGCCCCCUCAGGUGGUUCGAGUGGGAACCAAGAAAACGUCCUUUGUCAACUUCACAGAUAUCUGUAAACUGUUGCAUCGUCAGCCUAAACAUCUUCUCGCUUUUCUGCUGGCUGAGCUGGGAACAAGCGGCUCUAUAGAUGGAAAUAACCAACUUGUGAUCAAAGGCAGAUUUCAACAGAAACAGAUAGAAAAUGUGUUGAGAAGAUAUAUCAAGGAAUACGUGACAUGUCACACCUGCCGCUCUCCAGAGACCAUCCUGCAGAAGGACACUCGUCUUUACUUUCUGCAGUGCGAGACGUGCCACUCCCGCUGCUCCGUCGCUAGCAUCAAGACUGGCUUCCAGGCUGUGACGGGCAAGAGGGCGCAGCUCCGCGCCAAAGCCAACUGAAAGGCCAAGAAACCUGGGCCCACUCCCACCCUCCCUUCUUCUAACGACCUCUUUUUUUCCCUGAAGCUGGGGUCGAGACGCCCUCA